AUGACCUCGAUUCCAUCAUUUGACGAGCUUCCUCUGCGCAAAGAUGGCCCCCCUGGCAAUGCGUGGGGUCUCUUUGGGGAAGGCGAUCAAUGUGGCAUGUUGAACCGGCUCACUCCGAGUGUCGUCAGCGAUGCCUCGAAAGAAAUCAAAGAGGGUGUCCGUAUUGCGACGGAUUUGCCCUUGGACUUCAUGGACAAGCCAUGUUUCGGCAGGGAGCCAUUCCGACAAACAAUUAAAAACAAAGCUCCUCGAUCAGUCAAUGAUGAUACACUUGUGUUGAACACACAGAGUAGUACGCAAUGGGAUGGCUUCAGACACUAUGGCUACCAAGGGAGCAAGCAGUGGUUCAACAAUCAUUCUCUAGAAGAUUUGUUGACUACAAAUGUAAAUGGUAUUCAUGCAUGGGUCGAACAAGGAGGAGUCGUAGGCCGUGGAGUAUUACUAGACUACGCAGCUUGGGCGGAAGCCAAAAAUAUUCCUGUCGAGCACUUCACGCCACAUUCGAUUCCAGUCUCAACACUCAAGGAAAUCGCAGAAUCACAGGGCACGGAGUUCAAACAAGGCGAUAUCCUUUUCAUUAGAUCUGGAUGGGUUCGGGCUUUUUCCAAACUGUCCUCCGAAGAAGCGACCGCAUUGGCAAAUAUUACCGUCCUGCCUGCUGUGGGAAUAGAGUCUUCUGAGACGACACUCCGCUGGCUGUGGGAGACUGGAUUCGCCGCUGUUGCCGGUGAUCAGCCAGCCUUCGAGGCAUGGCCGUGCCAAAAUACAAUGUAUAUGCUGCACGAGUGGCUCUUGGCGGGGUGGGGGAUGCCAAUCGGAGAGAUUUUCGAUCUCGAGAAGUUGAGUGAGGAAUGCAGGAAGCGUGGGAGGUGGUCCUUUUUCUUUAGCAGUAUGCCACUGAGGGUUCCUGGCGGUGUUGCCAGCCCACCAAAUGGUGUGGCUAUCUUCUAG